CAUGCGCACUGGCGUCCUCGCCAACAAGGCUGCAAAAUAAAACAGCGUUUGCUUGUUUGGUGGCAAGUGGUGUGCCAAUGCAUUGGCAUUGUUGCUCAGCGGAAACUUUGCUCUUUUGGUGUCUUUUUUGUUUUUUGUUUUUCCCCGGACGAGGCGCUGAAGGUCCUCGGUGAGUCCGGGACCUGUUGCGCUUCGCCCACGGAGCUUCACGCAGCGGCCACGAUGACGGUCAUCGUGCUCGUCACACGGUGUUGAAAUCGUAGGUGCCAGAAAGGAGAAUGACAUUUAACUGAGACAGGAAGUCGCCGAGAAAGUGCUCAACCAAGCAAAUCUCUGAUGGACAUCAUGGAUACUCGGCGCGCCUUGGAGGCUGUGGAGCGACUUCAAGCCAAACUGAAAGAGCGAGGGGAGGCCCCCGCCCAGGAGAAACUUAGCCUGCUGAAGACUGUCCUACGGAGCCCCCUCUUCCUUCAUAUUCUCAGUUUACAGAAAGCUCAGCGGAAGCCCCCAGCCAAGGGGAAGGGUCUUACCAAGUCAUCGUCCAUGAACUGUGGCAAAUGCCAGGGUUUGGCCAUGGACGCCAAGACGCUCAGCCACAGCGACUCCUACACGUGGGCCAUGGAGAACCAAAGACCCAGCAGGUCUCUCCACAGGAACGGGAGUGUUUCCUCUCUGGACUCGCAGGAUCUGUCCUUCUCAGACAUCUACCCAGACAACUGCAUUCAUACUGAAUCCCAGUACUGCACACCACCUCGAAUAUCCCGAACCAUGUCUAUGGGGAGGAAUCUGUCAGCAGUUGCUCAUGAGAGGCGUCACGUGGAGAUCAUAGAACUGACCAAUGAUGGGAAAGGGCUCGGCUUUGGCAUCAUAGGAGGACGGAGCACAGGAGUCAUGGUCAAGACUAUACUGCCUGGUGGAGCCGCUGGACAGGAUAAACGUCUGCGCAGUGGGGAUCAAAUCUUGCGCAUUGGAGACACCGAUCUGGCUGGCAUGAACAGCGAGCAGGUGGCGCAGGUGCUGCGAAACGCUGGUAGCAAGGUUAAACUACUCAUCGCCAGGGAUAGCAACAAGGACAACCUUUCCUCUCCUGUCCUCAGCCAGGAGUCCUUGGAUGGCGAGCUCUAUGACUUGAAUGAUGACUACGAGUUCAGUGUGCAGUUCACUAAAAACAGCCGGGGGCUGGGAUUCACCAUCUCCAGCUAUAUCGGCGACCUAAACUCAAUUUACAGUGCUGGUGUGACAGUGAAGAGCAUUUUGAAGGGCAGCAGUGUUGACCAAGAUGGACACAUUCACAUUGGAGAUAUCAUCCUGUCUGUGGACGGCGUGAGCCUGCAGGGCUGCAGUGAGCAGCGUGCGAUGGAGGUGCUGAGGAGGACGGGUCCUGUGGUCAGACUGAGGCUGCUGAGGAAGGCCGUCCGUCUGAGUCACAUCUUGCCCCCGGUCCCUCCGCUGCAGCCCCUCCGACACUCCCACAGCUUCCAGGAGGGCAAUCCCUACAGAGUGGACCUGAACAAGAUUUAUGAGACAGGAAUAUGCUCACUGCGUGAAAUCUCCCGGCGUGCAGCGUACGCCAACAGACGACCCCGACAUGAUUCAAGAAACGGAGUGCAACUGACACCGGCAGAGGAGGAAGACCUCAGGAUGAGGUGGCAACGUGCAGUUGGACCGAGAUAUGAAGUCAUAGUUUGCCAGCUGGAGCGCUUCAGCGAGACGAGUGGCCUGGGCAUCAGUCUGGAGGCUCGGGCCGGACAUCAUUACCUGUGCUCCGUUUUACCAGAGGGCCCGAUCGGCCAGAGUGGCAAGAUCUUCACUGGGGACCAGAUACUAGAGGUGAAUGGUAUCCCACUUAUUGGAGAGACACACAAAGAGGUGGUCAACAUCCUCAAGGAGCUGCCCAUGUGUGUUUACCUGGUGUGUUCUCGCAUUGUGCCCCCUGCCAUUCCUGACAGCGACGAGGAAGAAGAGGAUGAUGGCCAACUCACCCUGAAAGAGCUCCUGGCUGAGUUCAAUGACAAGUUGGAUCAGGGCUGCGUUAUUCCCUGUCCUACAGCCGAGGACAUCACAAAGCGCGGUGUGCCCCCUAUGUCGCCUCCUCUGGCCAUGUGGGAGAGAGAGGCGCAGGUGGUAGAGCUGGACAAAGGCGAGUCAGGAUUGGGCUUCAGCAUCCUGGACUACCAGGAUCCGGAGGAUGCCACGAAAACAGUGCUAGUCAUCCGCUCCUUGGUACCGGGCGGUGUCGCUGACCGAGAUGGCCGCCUGCUUCCGGGAGAUCGCCUCAUGUUUGUCAAUGAGACCGACUUGGAAGGCUCCAGUCUGGAUUAUGCCGUGCAUGUGCUGAAGUCCACCGGUUACGGCCCCGUGCACAUUGGUGUUGCCAAACCGCUGCCGCUGGAACUUUGCGGUGGCUUGACGCCCAUCUUGGAGAGGAGCACGCGGGCAUCCUGCGAUGACAGCGAGAGCCACAUACAUGUCAACCUGCUAGCUGAAGCAGCCGAGGCCGACGCUUGCGACCUGGCGGAUAACAACGUCCGACCAUAUUACAACAACUCUGAAAUCCAGCCACAUCUGCGUUUUGGCAUCAAGGAAGACAACGACAUGCAGCCUGCCCCUCCGCUGCCCCCGCGUACCAGCUUUGAGAAGACAAUCACAGUUGUCCGGGGCAACCGUAGCCUUGGGAUGUCGGUGAGUGCUAUCCAGGAUGGCUCAGGCAUGCUGGUGCGCAGUGUGGCCCCCGGGGGCUCUGUCAGUCAUGAUGGCAGACUGGGGGCGGGUGACGCAAUCUUGGCGAUCAACGGCGAAUGUACGUCCAACCUGACCAACGCCAUGGCCCGGUCAAUGCUACGUAGACACUCUGUCAUUGGGCCGGAGCUCAGUAUAAAUUACGUGCCGGCGCAUCAGGUGGAUGCGCACCGCACCCGACUGCGUUUGCCCCCACUGGCAUCCAUCCUAGAAGACUCGCCUUCUUCGCCCACACCGCCUCCCCCACCUUCAGAAAAUUUUCUGGCCAGAUCCUCUGUCCAGUGUCAAACUCCAGCUCCAGCUCUGGCCUCAGGCAAAACAUCCUUCCCAUUAGAAGACACAGCCACAGUCCCUAGUGUGAGUCCAGCUCCAGACUGGAGUUGUCAGCUUCCAAAAUGUCUACCUCACAAAAAGGAGAAAAAGGAGGAGAAUGGUGUGGAUGGUAAAGUGCCGAUAAAGAUGGAUGGGAGCGAAGAGGCAGACGAAGAUGUUCAUUGUCGCACCCCUGUGUCUUGGGAUGGACCUAGAAGUGUGCAGCUUACUCGAGCGCCGGGCCAGUCCCUUGGCAUCAGCAUUAUGGGAGGCAAAGGCAUGGGCCAGAGGCUGAGCGGUGGCGAGAUGAUGCGUGGCAUCUUCAUCAAGCACAUCAGCUCUGAUAGCCCAGCAGCACACAACAGCACCAUCCAGGUCGGAGACAGGAUAUUAGAGGUGUGCGGCGUGGACCUGAGCGAUGCCAGCCACGAGCAGGCGGUGGAGGCUAUCCGCAGGGCAGGAGACUGUGUGGAAAUGCUGGUUCAGUCCAGACAACGGGGAGCACAGACCCCUUUGCUUCCCAACCAUGAAAGACUAACUCCCAUCAUGCCAUCCAACUCACACAAUAGCCAGGAAGUGCAGCAUCUUACUGGUCUGGCCCUUAGUCUCCCCCCUCCAAACCCAUUCCCCCCUACUCCAUUUAAGGUGCCUCAGCAGACUUCCAAUCGAGCAGCGCGGCGAAGCCCCGUGACUGUCAAGGCACCAAACACUGCAGCCGCUGACGAUCUGGACAACACUGGGAGAAAAAAGAUGCUUCAGCGUUAUGGCAGCCUGUCGGGGAAGCUCCAUAUGAUUGAGUUGGAGAAGCACACGGCAGACCAUAGUUUGGGAAUCCGCCUUGCAGGCAAUAAGGACGGCUCCAGGGCCCGCAUGAGCGUCUACGUGGAGGACGUAGACCCUCAAGGACCUGCUGGCUUAGAUGGGCGAAUAUGGGUGGGGGACGAGCUACUAGAGAUCAACGGUCAGAUCUUGUAUGGACGCAGUCACAAGAAUGCCUCCGCCAUCAUCGACAAUGCUCCUUCGAAAGUCAAGAUCGUUCUCAUCAGACACAAAACAGAGGGGCAAAUGUGCCAUAGCUGCUCCACAACUGAGGGCGAUGACAGCCAGACUGACUCUGGAGUUUAUAAAGGAAACUCUAUUAUUGACGCCCACAAUGUCGUCCCAUCACAGCCCACCCUCAAAGUGUCUGUCAGCUGCCCCGAGGCUAGAUCAUCUACUUCGUCCUCCUCAUCAAAGCCUCAUCAUGCGGCGCCGCCCCUUCCGGACUUCUCCACCUCCGUGGUCAUCAGUGCGAAGCCGACCGCGCCCAGUGAGCGUUCUGAUUGGCUGGCUUCCACUUCAACGUCAGACCCUCUCAAAUGCCUCAUCGUGGCUGGCAAAGAAACCACCAUCGAGAUUGUUAAAGGAAACCUAGGCCUGGGUCUCAGCAUUGUUGGCGGAUGUGACACUCUGCUGGGGUCAGUAAUUAUCCACGAGGUGAAUGAUGGAGGAGCAGCGCAAAGAGAUGGACGGGUGCAGGCUGGAGACCAGAUAUUCGAGGUCAACGGCAUCGACCUGAGGCAGGCCACUCACGAUGAGGCCAUUAGCGUGCUGAGACUCACCACCCAACGCGUUCAGCUGCGUGUCUUCAGGCACCGGGCGGCCUACAGGGAGGAGGACCUGUGGGAUGUCUUCGCUCUUGUCCUGAGGCCUCAUCCUGUCAAAGGCCUGGGCUUCACCACCGUGGGUAAAAGUAAUGACACCGGCAUCUUUGUGUCAGACAUCAUCAAAGGAGGCGUGACGGAUUUGGAUGGCAGGUUGUUGCCAGGUGACCAGAUUCUGUCAAUCAACGGGGAGGACAUCCGUGCGGAAUCACAAGACCUUGCAGAGAGGCUUCUACAGAAUUGCAGUGGUGUGUUCCACCUGGAGGUGGCUCGUUUUAAAGCGGGACUGAAGUACCCAGAGCAGAACCAGGAGUACUUUAAGUUGUGUUUUAUCCAGAGCGAAGACUCAGACUGUUCCACCUUGACACCCUCGAGUGGAUCCAAUGCUUCUGUCGGCCAACAGAGGGAGACAGAAUACAGAACAGAUAGCCACACAGCAUUUGAGGACUGCCCUGACUACAGAAAAGUAGUUAUUAAAAAGGGGCCACGUGACUCCCUUGGCAUCACUUUAGCAGGAGGAGUGGGCAGUCCCCAUGGCAACUUACCUCUUUUUAUUGCAACCAUGGAUACGAGUGGAUCAGCUGCCAAAACACAGCAAUUAAAGCCAGGAGACAGGAUCCUCAGUAUAAAUGGCGUCUCCAUGGAGGGGAUGACUGACAUCCAGGCUGGAGUCUUGCUGAAGAACGCCAUUGGCGCUGUCACCCUGCAGGUGGCAGCUGGACGCGGUCCUCACGAUCGCAGGGGUGUACACGAGCGAGCGUCAGGCCAGCGUAGUGGCCUGCCGUGCUUUCACAACAACCUCUGCACUCGGAUAUACAAGACUGUCAGUCUUGAUCGAGACCCUUCGGGUUUGGGCUUCAGCAUCGUGGGAGGCUUCGGGAGCCCGCAUGGCGACCUGCCCAUUUAUAUCAAAACGAUCUUUAACAAGGGAGCGGCCAUUGAGGACGGGCGGCUGAAACGAGGCGAUCAGAUCAUCGCGGUGAACGGGCAGUGCCUGGAAGGCGUGACCCACGCCCAAGCUGUGGACCUUCUCAAGAAGACCAAAGGGACGGUAGUUCUUACUGUUCUCUCAUGAGAUUGAAAGUCGACCACAAUUCAUGUCGCACGGCCUCACACCGACUCAGAUAUUGUAGGUUAUAAACUUGAACAGAGAAGUAAUUGUAAUUACCUUGGAGUAGCUACCGCUGCAUUAUAUUAUUAGUAUUUUUAAAUGUACUUAUACUGUAUAUAAUGAACUCUUUUUGUGAAAAAGCAAAUUGCGUUAAUUAAGACCAAAACAAUACUCCAAAUAUCUUCAAUGUAAGAAAGAGCCCAAUUAGAAGAUGGCCGAGCUCGCUCAUGUGAUUUGCAUGAAUUUGAAACAUGCCAAGUGCUUUUGCCAAUGUUUUGUAUGGCAUCAACGUGAUAAGAAUAUGUUACGUAUUGUUUAAUGAUGAUAAUGGUUAAUGAGCCGAUGUUUCACAGCUCGAGUGUGAAUCUGGUUAUAAUGCUAAUUUUGUUUUGAUCAAUUUUAUUGUGUAACGUGCAUUACUUAGCAACCAUGCCCAUGAUGAGCGAUUGUUUUCUAAUAAUAACUAAUUUAUAUUCUUGUUUUCUGUAACUUCUGGUGUUUCAUGAAUGUCGUAGACACACUUUUCGGAGUUCUACAACAACAAAAUGUUCUGUAAGUGUUCUUAUUAAAUGAUCAUUUGUUAGCA